AUGGAAGGAACGUCUACUAAUUCUUUUGUAACAGAAAAUGGAAUUAGUGGGUUAUUAGCAGCACUAGAUGAAGGGGGUACAGGUCCGUUGGUUGAGGCUAUUGAACUUGGAGAUUUAGAACAAAUGCAGCAUUGGUAUUUGUUAUUAUCUAAGGUUUCAGUAGAUGAAUUGUUAGAUGCUGUCGAAGGAAACAAUCUUUCUGUCGAUGAUUUAUAUGGAAUAUUUCGUGCUGUUCACUUAUUAAUGCAAUGGGAACAUACACAAACUAAUGAAUUAAAAGAAAUUGUGGAACGUGAAAUAGCUAGUGCAGCAGAACAGGAACAAAAAUGGGAGACUGAACGUGAGACACUCCAAGACGAGUUAAACUCUCUUCGAGAACAAAAAAAUACUUUCUCUUCUUCAUUAAAUGUUAAUAAUUUACACGAAGCAUUCCGAGCAGAAAUUGAUGCUUUGGCUGAAGAAAAUUUACAAUUAAAACGAAAAUCUAAUGAACUUGAAAAAGAAUUAAAUGAACAACGAGAAAGAGCAAACAAUUUGGAUAUUAAAGCUUUGGGUAUUGAAAGAGAAAGGGCUUUACUUGCUAAUAAUCAAAUUCAAUUAGAAGAAAAUAUUCGAGAAUUACAUCGGAGAAUGAAUACUAGAAGUGAGUCUAUACAGCGUGACCAAAAAUGGGAAACUAGCAAACUUAAACAAAGAGAUGAGCAAGCACUUAUCCUCAGUGAACAAGUUCGAGAACUAGCUGCCCAAAAUGAUGAACUCAGAGCAGAAGCUGACCGUCUAAGUCAAGCAUUAGAACAAGCAACAGAAUUGGUCAAAGAAAAUGCUUUUAAAUUUGCUGAAUUUGAUGAACAAUUGUCAGAAGCAGAACAUCAACUUGAGAAAAUGGGGACAGAUAAUAAAGAAUUGAGAGAAUUAAUUGAAAAUAAAGAAUUGGAAGCAAAACGUAAAGUAGAUGCAGCAGAAUUAGAUAACAGGCAAUUGGCAGAGGUGCUACAAUCAAAGGAUGCAUUAAUUGAAAGAUUAAGAAAUCAAAUACAAAAUCAAAAAUUGGAAAUUGAACAAUUUCGAAUAUCAACAGAAAUAUUAGCAACAGACCCGGAUAUUCAUCAAAAAGAAUUAGAGUUAGAUAAUUUACGUCAAGAAUUGAUAGCAGCGACAGAAACUGCUAAAAGAUUAUUUGGAAAUGAAAUUGCUGAAGAUGUAGAGGAGGAAAAUAAUAAUAAUUUGGUUGUUACAGAUAAUACAAAUUCUGAAUUACGAAUUAGAUUAAUUCAGAUGGACCAAGAAUUAGCUCGAUCAGAAAAGAAAUAUUUGGAAGAACAACGUCAUCAAGUCGAAUUAGAAGAAUUAUUACAACAAAAAGAGUUGGAUGCUGUUCGGUUAAUGACUGACUGUCGAAGAUAUAGAAAAAUAGCUUUUGGCGAUAGAGAUUUGGAAAUGAAAAAAAUUGAAAGACAAUUAAAUUUUAGAGAUAAACAAAUACAAAAAUUAAGAAAAAAAUGUUCAGAAUUGUAUUUGGAAGUUGAAAGGCUUACGGAAAAAAGGGAAUCUUUUGAGAAGGAAAAGAAAAUAAUUUCUGAAGAAGAUGAUAAAACAAUAAAAAUAAAAAAGGAGGAAAAGGAAGAAUUUAAAUUGAAAGAAGAAAAAGAAGAUAUUCCAAAAGAAGAAAGAAAAGAGGAGGAGGAAGAAGAAUAUGUAGAUGAAUGGAUGGAAGAUGAUGAGAAAGAAGAGGAAGAGAAGGAAGAAGAAUUAGUUAAAAUUGAAGUAGAAAGGCCAAAACAAUUAAAGAGAAAAAGAUUAAGUAAAGACAGAAUUAUUGAAGAAGCAACGACAAUUAGUGCUCUAAGCACUGAACUUGGUCUACUUAUUGAGAUUGAAGAAAAAAAUAAAGAAAUUAAAAAUCUAGAGAAAUCUUAUGAAGAAAGAGGGCGUCAUUUAUUUGAAGCUAAAAAAUCUGAAGAAAAUAUUCGGAAGGAAUUAAAUUCUGUAAAGGAAAUUAUUUUAUUUGGUAAUAAAAAUAAUGAAAAAGAAGAAGAAUAUAAAGAUCCAUUAGAAGAAUUAGAUAAUUUAGAAAAUAAUAAUUAUAUUUUUAAUGAGGUUAUAAUUUAA